UGGAAUUUCUCAGAAACUGUAUUAGUUUUAGAUCAGUCCCGGAGAAGCAGCCACAGGUCUGAGAGAUCCGGAGAAGAGAAGAUGGCCAGCCUGAGACAAUCAUGGAGAAAAGAUGGAAGACAAUCUGAAGAAUCAAAACUUCAAGGAGAAGAAAAGGCCAAACUACCAUUUGUGCAAAAGGAGAACCCUGAGAGAGGAGCCCGUCCGAUCCGUAAAUUGAAUUUAACAAAGAACUAUUCAGAUGGCAUGUACGCAAAAUAUCGAGUUGGAAGUGUAAAUAUAAAGAGAGCCAAGAAAGUGAUCAUGAUGGUCGGAGAAACAGGAUCAGGUAAAACGACUCUUAUCAACGCUCUGGUCAAUUACAUCCUUGGCGUGCAGUUUGAGGACACCUAUAGAUAUCAACUGAUUGAGGAGAACACCAAUAUAAGCCAAGCGCACAGUCAGACCUCAGAAGUCGUCAUUUACCAAUUAAAUCAUACCGGGGAAUUCAUUGUCCCGUAUUCCUUGACAAUCAUUGAUACUCCAGGGUUUGGUGACACCAGGGGGCUUGAGCAAGACGAACUGACAGUGAAAAAGAUAGAAGAAUGUUUCAGUUCCAAGUGGGGAAUUGACCGAAUUGAUGGUAUUUAUUUUGUGGUCAAAUCCUCCUCCAAUCGUUUGACAAAAUCACAGAAUUAUGUGUUUCAGUCAAUUCUCUCGCUGUUUGGUAAAGAUAUAAAGAAUAACAUACAGAUAUGCGCUACAUUUUCUGGCCAGGGGAAGCCAGGGGUUUUACAAGCUCUCCUUGAAGCCGAGGUCCCAUGUGUUAAAAAAACAAAUGGUGAUCCUGAAUACUUCAAGUUCAACAACUACGGCCUCUGCGACAAAAGUGAUGACGACGAAGAGGAGGAGGAUGAGGAAUACAGUCAACUGGUUAAUAAAGCAAACUGGAAAAUGGGGAAAUCAAGCUCAAAGAACAUGUUUAGAUCUCUGGAAAAACUAACGUCCAGGAGUUUGAUCUUAACUAACAAAGUGCUGAUGGAACGAAGGCAACUGGAGAUCGUCAUAGAAGAUCUUCUCUCGAAAAUUGAGAAGGUGGAUUUCAAGCAAAAAGAACUGGAACGGAGGGAACAGAUACUGAAACAGCACGAAGAGGAUAUCAAAAGAAAUGAGAACUUUGAGUACGAGGAACAUGAAACCGUAAAGGAAAGAAGAGACGUAGAGGGAAACUCAAUUAAUUGCCACGAGUGUAUGUCUACUUGCCACCAUCCCUGCCUGGUUUCCUUGGAUUUUAUUGCUGGUCUCUGCGAAGUUUUCUACUGGAACAGGUCCUGUAAGCUGUGCGACCAUGACGUGAGCUGCCACUUCUGCGAAUCGUACAAAUGGGAAGAAGUUGUGAUAUCUACUAAGAAAACAUACGCCGCCCUCAAGGAGAGCUACGAGAAGGCAUGCAAUGAGAAAGUCACAGCGGGGAAGGUGGUAGAUGAGCUGAAGAAAGAGAUCCAAAAACUGAGCUCCGAACAAAUGCAACUUCUUGAAAAGUUCGUACUAUGUCUCCAGAGCCUGAACGCUAUCGCCCUGAGGCCCCAGAACCUGUCCACCGUCGAUUAUAUUGACCUGCUGAUCAGUGCCGAGAGAUGUGAAGCGAAAACCGGAUUCAUGGAAAGGAUCACAUCCCUGGAGAAGGCCAAGGUUAAGGCAGUAGCGCUGCAGUUGACUGCAACUGAAAUAUAAGAUGCUGAGGGAAAUUAAGCUGAAUCAGAUGCCCCACUAAUUAUUCCUACCAAACUCAAUCAGACAUUGAAUUAUUAUGUUAUAAUUAUAGUAAUGAUAGAUUAAAAGGAUUCAGAUCUGGUCAAAUCCCAGCACAGAACCGAGUGCAUAAAUAAUGGGCUGAGAGACCUCAGGAACAAAUGUUCUAAUCAUAAUAAAUAUGCAACUGACGAGCAGAUAGACAUAGUCCAUUUGAGUAGAACUAAGUAGAAAUGAGAAGGAUCUACAGCCCCUGUUAGUUUUUAACCUCGUUGUUCAUUUGACAAAAAGUCCCAUGAUUUUAAAGGAGAAGGAAAGGUAAAAACUCAGUAAGCUUUAUCAUGUAUAAAACAGCCAUAAGCACUCACAGAGUCCUCUGUCAAAAGAUUUGUUGUGUCUGUAAUUCAUGUGCCAGAGACACGCAGCUCUCUGCUUUCUCCUGUUCCCCCCUCCCUCAAGAAUGCUAAGAACUCACUCCCUCCCCUUAGGAAUGUGGAUCUGAGCCAAUCAGCAGGAAGCUUCCUCAUAGUCUAACUAACUGAGCAUGUACUGAGUCUGACUCCUGCUGAAAAGGCUGAAUCUUGGCCAAAUCCUGGUCUUGGUUCAUCCCUAGUUUAGACAGACUGUAGCAACCAGUCAGCAGGUAGCAUUUACUGGUCACCAAAAAGCUCAAUGGUUGCUAUGGCUUACUGGCCAAAUGUG